AUGAUGAUGAUGAUGAUGAUUGAUGACGACGACGACGACGACGACGAUUCGUUGUCCUCCGAUGUGGAGGAGGACGAAAAGUCCUCCUUAGACUUCUUCUCUUUAGAAAACCCGGAAACGGAGAGAGAAUUCUUCGCGGCGAUACGGAAAUACGGCGUUGGAAAGUGGAAGAAAAUGAGCAACGAUUCGCGAUAUUCCUGGCAUCAUCGACUUUCGCGAGACGUUCGAGAGCGGGAGAAAGAGCAACAGCAACGGAAGGGAGGACGGGAAAAACUUCCUUCGUUAGUGUCGUCGAGGAAGAGCGGUGGUGGUGGUAAUACUAAUGGUGGUAAAAAGAUAGUGACAACGAGUGAAAAGAUGAAAACGGUCAAAGCAAAGUUGAAGAACCACUGGGAGAAAUUAUCUCGCGAGAAGGAUUCGAAGAAGAUCAAAAAUGAAAUCGUGAAGAAGAACGAACUGUUUCGCGCGCCUCGGUUUCGACACUCGUACGAUUCGAACAAGAAAGAAAACGAGAUGCGAGAAAAAGAGUACCAGUUGAAACCGUUUACGAACGCGUUGUCGCAAGCGCUGGACCGGUAUAUAUUGGAGUGUUUGAAUUUAGAGUACGACGCGCACGAAGACGCGUUGGAAGAGAGGGACGGAAAGACCAUCGAUCAAGUGGCCAAUUAUUGCAUCGAGAAGUUUCGAGAGGAGGAGGAGGACGGGUUGAUUGGAAAGUAUCGGUUCGGCGGUUUGUUCGAGGUGUGUAAAGGCGCGAGGGAGCAAAGAGUGCCGCAAAGGUUGACGGAACUCGGGAAGGAAGGUAAGGUGAGGAGAGAUCGAGUGACUGUUCCCGGAGAUACGAGUGGAAGGUUACACAUGAAGUACGUGGCUUUGGUGGAUGUAAACGGGAAAGCGAUUAAAAAUAUCACGAAUAGGAACAGGGAAGAUACCGAGGAAGAUGAGUACGUGGACGAGGACGAGAGCGAAUCGGAAGAAGAGUCCUCGGAAGACGAAGAAGAAGAAGAAGAAGAAGAAGGGGAGGAGGAAGACGCGGUCUCGCAAGAAGAUGGAGAGAAUACAAAACAAGGAGGAGGUACGAAUAGCAAUGAAAACGGGAUAGAUAGCGGAUCCACGAAGAAACGACGGCGAAAACGGCGCGCUAAGAACGGUCAGUCAAAGCAAAUGUCCAAAGCUACGCAACGCAAGAAAAUCGAAGAAGAGUUGGAAAAGUUGCCGCCGGUAUUUUAUUACGACGGACGGUACUUAACCGCGGAGCAAGCCGCGAGCGAAGCUCGAGAGGCGUUCGAACAAGCCGAGUUAGCUGCAAAUGAAGCGGAACUGGCGGAAAGAGAAGCCGCAGACGCCGAAGCGGAGGCGAGACAGGCGGCGGCGUUGGUCGAGAGCUUAUGCGCCGAAGCGGAGACGAUGAAAAACUAUACCAGCGACGAGAAAGAUGCUAACACUCUUCCGAACCCGGUCGCGAAUGAAAAGGAGCCAGAGCGGUUUGUCCAAGCGUAG